UUCCAAGCUCAGCAUCUAUAAAUGUUCUACCGAGCCAGCGUGUUCUCUGCUACAUUCAUUGCAGAAGCAUAUACAUGUGGGCUCUCGCCGAAAAGCCACUUUCAUCACUGAGCCUUGCUGACCAUUGCAGAGUCAGGUAGCGGAAGAGAGCGCGAGUGAUGUAUCAUAAAUAUUCAGCUUUGACCACCACGCUAUCGUCCGUCUGGCGUCGGACGUGGGAGGAGGCCCAAGCGCAGGACUGCCUGGAGACUUUGCUUAUUUCUCCAACUUGCAGGUUUACACGUGUGUGCGUCUGCGUCUUGCCACUUUUUAUCACUCCCAUCCUCGUCCCGUCCUCCUGGCAUGUAGUACGGGAAGCGCGUGGCUUUGACCGUAAAUCAUCCGAUUGCAUGCCGAGAAGGGUCGCGGUCCAAGUCGCCUUUACAUGCCGACAUGGUUUACGACGAGAAGAGAUGAUUACGCUUCGGUCUCAACUCUCGAUAUCCCUGCCAUCAUUCGCUCCAUCGAAUGAUUACGAUCCCGGGGUGGAAAUCCCAAACGUCACUCGUUGCCGUCGGGAGCCCGGGGUUACGCUUUCUCGUGUCCCGUUACCUUUUUUUUUUCGGUAUCCCCUAUCUACUUUGAUCGCCUAUCCGAUCGACCGUCGGAAUCUUGAUAGAGGCGCGUCCACGGCUUGCUCUGUCCUUUGAACGUUUCCCUUGGUCACCCCAACAGAAGGCUCCGCAUCAGCCAAUAAGACGGCUUUUGGAUAUGCUCAGUCAGCAACGGCCCGAAGCGGCACUCUUCGGGCAUUUCCCAACCUGCAUGACUGUUGCUUCCCCUUUCCAUUCUACUCAAUCCACGGCAAACAUUUACUUUUCGUCUUUUCACCUAAACCUUCAAGCGAGACUUUUCCAAGCAAACCUCCACCUCAAGUGCAUAUAUGAGCCCAACUCAGUAUUCCCUCACCCGGUCGAGGAUGGGUGCAGGCUGCUAAUUGCUCCGGAAUACAAACGCCGUCUAAUCGCCAUUACACUCUCGCGUCUUCCCGCAAGCCCUGAGGAACGUGUUGUUUGGCAGGGACGAAUCGGUGGGACAUUGCUACAUACCGAUCCAACAAGAUAAUUGAACAUGGUUGUGUAGGAUAAUAUAUGCAAAUAUACUUGUUGCGG